CCCCGCCUUUUGUUUUUAGCUCAUUUCCCUCCACGGACACUACCGGACAGAAUCCCAACUCUCUGAAUUUUCACCAUCAUAGCUGAAAUCAAGGGUUUCCCGAGAUGAUCUGCUCGGGUCGAAUUAUAGCACUGUCCAUCUCUCCAACUCCUCGAAUUCGUUCUUAUUCUCCCAAAUCAAAUGCCAAAUUUCUGCAGGAAAGGGUCAAAUCCAACUUGAAAUGGCGAUCGAUGGCGAACGAUCCCGAAUCGCCUUCCUUUGCACCUUCGAUCGAUGCAGCGGAUCCUACCGACAAGAACGCCGCAGGCUUUUGCAUCAUAGAAGGACCGGAGACGGUGCAAGACUUCGCCCAGAUGCAAUUACAAGAGAUCCAAGACAAUGUACGAAGUCGACGAAAUAAAAUAUUCCUACACAUGGAGGAGGUUCGCAGGCUUAGGAUACAACAGAGAAUUAAAAGUGCUGAACUUGGAAUCCUUAAUGAAGAGCAAGAAAAUGAACUUCCUGAUUUUCCAUCUUUCAUCCCAUUUUUGCCUCCUUUGACCCCAGCGAAUCUUAAGAUGUACUAUGCAACUUGUCUCUCUCUUAUUGCUGGAAUCAUCAUCUUUGGAGGCCUUCUUGCUCCAACUCUGGAGCUUAAAUUGGGAAUAGGGGGCACAUCGUAUGAGGAUUUUAUUCGUAGCAUGCAUUUGCCCAUGCAAUUGAGCCAGGUUGAUCCUAUAGUAGCAUCCUUCUCAGGAGGAGCCGUUGGCGUGAUUUCAGCCCUGAUGGUGGUUGAAAUCAAUAAUGUCAAGCAGCAGGAAGAUAAGCGCUGCAAAUACUGUCUGGGAACUGGAUAUCUUGCUUGUGCUCGCUGUUCAAGCACAGGAGCACUUGUUUUAGUGGAGCCGGUAGCUACUGUUAACGGUGGUGAUCAGCCUUUAUCGCCACCUAGAACAGAAAGAUGUACAAACUGUUCAGGGGCAGGGAAGGUCAUGUGUCCUACAUGCCUUUGCACAGGGAUGGCAAUGGCAAGCGAGCAUGAUCCUCGGAUUGACCCCUUCGAUUAGAGGUGCAUUGCAUCAUUGUGUCUCUUGCCAUCAGCUGAAAAAUGAAAAUGUCCCGUUAGUUGCAUCUUCAAGCUGGCUGCUGAUGGCACAAGCUUGCAUGAAUCUACUAGCUUCAUUUAUUGAACUUGAUUUGGUUGGUUGAACAUCUAGCACUGUUAUGUUUGCUUCCUCUCGCGGCUAGAUUCUUAUUGCUGGACUGCGUAUUGGAUGGCUUGCAUAUCUGGAUUGAUCUUCCUGUAUAGAUGCUUUGAAGGAUUGUUCCUUUUUAGGCUUGUAGCUCUUGGCACCAUCCCAGUGCUCCCUUUAAUAAAAAUUUUGUUGCCUUUGAAAAAAGAAGAAAAGAGUCUUAUUAUUGCUGGACUGCAGAUUGGAUGGCCGGAUACUGGCAGCGACUUUUUUAAGUUCUCUACUUCGAUUGGA